CCCCUUGCAGGCAAUGAGAACAGCGAGGCCCUCCCGGAGUCCAUCCCCUCCGCCCCCGGGACGCUCCCGCACUUCAUGGAGGAGCCCGACGACUCCUACAUCAUCAAGAGCAACCCCAUCGUGCUGCGCUGCAAGGCCAAGCCAGCCAUGCAGAUCUUCUUCAAGUGCAACGGGGAGUGGGUCCACCAGAACGAGCACGUGUCCGAGGAGAGCCUGGACGAGGCCACCGGGCUCAAGGUCCGGGAGGUUUUCAUCAACGUCACGAGGCAGCAGGUGGAGGAUUUCCACGGCCCAGAGGAUUACUGGUGCCAGUGCGUGGCCUGGAGCCACCUGGGCACCUCCAAGAGCAGGAAGGCGUCCGUGCGCAUCGCCUAUCUGAGGAAGAACUUCGAGCAGGACCCGCAGGGGAAGGAGGUUCCCAUCGAGGGGAUGAUUGUCCUGCACUGCCGACCCCCCGAGGGGGUUCCUGCGGCCGAGGUGGAGUGGCUGAAGAACGAGGAGCCCAUCGACUCCAACCUGGACGAGAACAUCGACACCAGGGCCGACCACAACCUCAUCAUCCGCCAGGCGCGGCUCUCGGACUCGGGCAACUACACCUGCAUGGCUGCCAACAUCGUGGCCAAGAGGAGGAGCAUGUCUGCCACCGUGGUGGUGUACGUGAACGGGGGGUGGUCGUCGUGGACAGAGUGGUCCAACUGCAACGCCCGCUGUGGUCGGGGUUGGCAGAAACGCUCCCGGACCUGCACCAACCCUGCCCCCCUCAACGGGGGGGCCUUCUGCGAGGGCAUGUCCGUGCAGAAGAUCACCUGCACCUCCCUCUGCCCCGUGGAUGGCAGCUGGGAGGUGUGGAGCGAGUGGUCUGUGUGCAGCCCCGAGUGUGAGCACCUGAGGGUCCGCGAGUGCAUCGCUCCCCCCCCCCGCAACGGGGGCAAGUUCUGUGAGGGGCUGGGCCAGGAGUCAGAGAACUGCACCGAGGGGCUCUGCAUCCAAGAUCUGGAGACUGCCAGUGACAUCGCGCUGUACUCGGGGCUGGGGGCAGCAGUGCUGGCCGUGGCCGUGCUCGUGGUGGCCGUGACGCUCUACAGGCGCAGCCAGAGUAACUCCCUGCUCCUGAACUCCUCCAUGCAGCCCGACCUGACCGUGAGCAGGACCUACAGCGGCCCCAUCUGCCUGCAGGACCCCCUGGACAAGGAGCUCAUGACGGAAUCGUCCCUGUUCAACCCCCUGUCCGACAUCAAGGUCAAGGUGCAGAGCUCCUUCAUGGUGUCCCUGGGGGUGACGGAGCGGCCGGAAUUCCACGGGAAGGCUCAUCCCGGGACCUUCCCCCACGGGAACGUUCCCCACCGAGCCUUUGGGACCGUGCAGGGCAGGAACAAGGCCGUGUACAUCCAGAACCUGGCCUCCAUCUCCACCUCCAGCGAGCUCAGGACCACGGCCCUUUUCGGCCACCUGGGGGGUCGCCUGGUGGUCCCAAACACAGGAGUCAGUCUGUUGAUCCCACAUGGAGCUAUUCCUGAAGAGAGUUCUUGGGAAAUCUACCUUGCCAUCACUCAGAAGGAGUCCAGCCUGCAGCCCGAGGGCUCGGCCGUGCUGCUGGGGCCGGAGGUGACCUGCGGGCCCUCGGAGGUGACCGUGAGCACCCCCUUCGCCCUGACCAUCCCCCACUGCGCCCACGCCGACCCCGAGCACUGGAACAUCCACCUCAAGAGGAGGACCCAGCAGGGGAAGUGGGAGGAAGUGAUGUCUGUGGAAGAGGAAACUACUUCUUGCUACUGCCUGUUGGAUCCUUAUGCCUGUCACAUUCUCUUAAACAGCUUUGGAACUUAUGCCCUAAUUGGGGAACCCAUCUCUGACUGCGCCGUUCGACAGCUGAAAGUCGCCGUUUUUGGCUGCCUGUCUUGCAAUUCUCUGGAUUACAAUCUGAGAGUUUAUUGCAUGGAUAACACCCCUUGUGCGUUCCAGGAGGUGGUUUCAGAUGAAAGGCUCCAAGGAGGACAAUUGCUGGAGGAACCAAAACUUCUGCAUUUUAAAGGAAAUACCUGCAGCCUCCAGAUCUCAGUCCUUGAUAUCCCUCCCUUCCUUUGGAGAAUUAAACCAUUUACUGCGUGUCAGGAGGUGCCGUUCUCGCGGGUGUGGCGUGGCAGUGCCCGGCCCCUGCUCUGUGCCUUCUCCCUGGAGCGCUACAGCCCCGGCACCACCCAGCUCAGCUGCAAGGUCUGUGUCAGGCAGCUCAAGGGCCACGAGCAGGUCCUGCACGUCCAGACCUCCAUCCUCGAGAGUGAAAGAGAAACCAUCACCUUCUUUGCACACGAGGACAGCAACUUCCCUGCCCAGGUGGGUCCCAAGGCUUUCAAAAUCCCCUUCUCCAUCCGGCAGCGGAUCUGCGCCACCUUCGACACCCCCAGCGCCAAGGGCAAGGACUGGCAGAUGCUGGCACAGAAAAACAGCAUCAACAGGAAUCUCUCCUACUUUGCCACCCAGAGCAGCCCCUCCGCCGUCAUCCUGGACCUGUGGGAAGCCCGGCACCAGCAGGACGGGGACCUGGACUCGCUGGCCUGUGCCCUGGAGGAGAUUGGGAGGACACACUCCCAACUCCCCGACCCCCCAGAGCCCGAGCUGGAGGAGCCCGACUUCAGCUACAGCCGCCAGAACGGGCUUUAGUCCC